AUGAAAAAAGAAAUUAUAAGUGUAGUCACUGGAUGCAUCGUGUGUCUUUUUGUCCUCUGGCCCAUCUUCCUCAGGCGAAAGCACAGCGAGGCCCCAGCUGACGAUACUAACAGCAUCAACAGCUCCAUGAGAUCAUACCGCCGCAUGCCCAAGUCAAAGCAGAACAGAAACAUGGUGGGGUGCAUUCCCAUAAUGAACGGAAAGGUGUUCAUAGUAAACGGAAGACACUCUGAUAAGUUUAUUUUCCCAAAGGGAGGCCAAGAAAAAAACGAAAAAGGAUACUACUCAGCAGGAAAAGAGGCCCUGGAAGAGGUGGGCGUUAUUGGCAAUAUCGAUAAAGAGCCCAUAUUCAGAAUGGACAACGUAGACUGGUACAUUCUUGAGGUAACAAAGGUUCUCCCCGAGUGGAAAGAGAGACACGAGAGGAUCCGUGUUCUCAUAGACGCAGAGAACGCCCUCCUCAACGCAGAGGUCAGAGCAGUCACCAAGAACCUCAUCAAGGCAGUUAUCAAAAAAGAGUCUGUGAAAAAAGAGCCAAGAGUCAAAAACUCCAAGCUUGUCUUUGAUAAAAUGUCAAAAAAUACUGACAGCGAAGUGGCAAUAUAA